GGGGAAUCAGGAUAUGGCAAAGGGGCGAAUCUACAGAAGAGUGGUCGAGGAAAGCGUACGGUCGAAGCCGGGGAAAUCAGAAUCAGUAUAACUGGGGAAAGACUCUAGGGCUGCAGAUAAGACCGUUGCCAUGGUCCUGAAGGAGAUACCCAAUAAGGCAUCCUCAGAAGGCAAACCCCUCCUCACGGUGACAAACAAGCUGGUGAGUGAGCAACAAGAGAGCCGUCCCUUGCUGAGCCCUUCCAUCGAUGAUUUCCUCUGUGAGACCAAGUGUGAUGGAGCUGCCCGCCCAGUAACCUCCAACACAGCAGUUCUGUCCUCCUCUCUGGACCUACUGGAUCUUAGUGAACCUGGUGAGAGAAGACACAGCAAAGACAGGAAGAGCCCACUUUCUUCUACAGGCACACCAUACAUGAAGAAGCUUGAUGAAACAGAGCUGAUCCAGGUGGACGUUAAACAGACCAUACCCUGUUCCCGCACACCUGACAAAGUUACAUUGGACCCAGUAGCAGUUCCAUCUUCAUUGGAGAAAUGGGAAGAACUCAACCCUCGUCCAGAACGGAGUGGUAGUAGAAAGUGGAAACUUGAGAGAAGACGUUCAUCAAAGAAUUCUGGGGAAUUUGUGUGGUCUAUGGAUUGCAAGACUCUAGACACAGUCCCCAGGAACUCCCUGGAGGUAAUCAAUAAAGUAGAGGCAGAGGCUGUGCCAGUAACUCAAGGCCGUUUGAGCAAAGACCAAAGGUGGGGUAGCACACUCCUGUCCAGAAACCAGUCUCUGGAGGAAGAGUUCGAGAGAGCCAAAGCAGCAGUGGAGUCAGACACAGAGUUUUGGGAUAAGAUGCAAGCGGAGUGGGAAGAGCUUGCUCGCAGGAAUUGGCUAACAGAGAAUGAGCAGCCACAGAUUCCCUCCAAUGUGUCACCUUAUGAAAAGGGAUACUACUUCCAUACUGAUAAUCCUUUCAAAGACUGGCCAAAUGCGUUUGAGGAGGGAUCACGGAAGUCAAGAGAGGGAGACCUGCCUAACGCUGUGCUGCUUCUGGAAGCUGCUGUCUUGCAGGAACCUCAGGAUUCAGAGGCUUGGCUGGUGCUGGGAACCACACAAGCAGAGAAUGAGAAUGAGCAGGCAGCAAUUGUCUCCCUCCAGAGGUGUCUGGAACUCCACCCCAACAACCUCCAGGCCCUUAUGGCCCUGGCAGUGAGCCUGACCAACACAGGCAUGAGGCAGGAAGCGUGUGAGGCACUGCUGGGCUGGAUAAGGCACAACCCCAAAUACAAACAUCUUCUGAAGAACCGCACGCACCUGCAGGGCUCACCUGGAUCACGGAGACUCUCCUGCCCCUCCUCAACUGGCUGCACUCUGCUGCCUGAGGUGAAGGAGCUCUUCCUGGACGCUGCCCAGCAGAAUUCGGACACUAUCGACCCAGACCUGCAGACAGGGUUGGGCGUGCUGUAUAACCUCAGCUCUGAGUUCAACAAAGCAGUGGAAGUCUUCAAUGCUGCACUGUCAGUGCGGCCUGAGGACUACUUGCUGUGGAAUCGGCUUGGGGCAACGCUGGCUAAUGGAGAUCGCAGCGAGGAGGCAGUGGAGGCCUACACCAGAGCCCUGGAACUGCAGCCUGGCUUUAUUCGGUCACGUUACAACCUGGGCAUCAGCUGCAUUAACAUGGGUGCUCACAGGGAGGCAGCCAGUAACUUCCUGACAGCUCUGGGUCUGCAGAGAAAGAGCAGGAGUCGGCAGUUUUCACACCAGGUCAUGUCUGGAAACAUCUGGGCAGCCCUCCGGAUAGCAUUGUCCAUGCUGGACCAGCCUGAGCUUUUUCAGGCUGCCAACAUAGGGGACCUGGACUUACUCAUGAGAGCUUUUAACCUGGAUAUGUGAUCAAGCAAACCCUUUAACCAUGGUGAAAAAUCCA